CUUCUCGAGAGAAAAUGCUGGACAUUAUUAUAAGUUUGAGUUGUUUCUGAAGCAUCUCACGGGACCACAGACAGGCUCGCGCGCGCUCCUCGCGCGUUGAUAUCAGACUUACAUGUAAUACGUAGGUGAUGCUAUGCUUUUAUGAUAUACGGCCACUUUUAUGUGUUCCUUGAUAAGCAGAAAACUUGCGUAAAUUUGUAUUCUUCUCGGAAAUCUUAGAAAAACUGUUACUCACACAAUAUGAGGAAAUUUUGAGUGAGUAUUUUGCAAGUUGUGUUCGUAAUCAAGAGUGAUGGAGGACGAUUCUUCGACAAAUCUCGAGCUGCGACAAAGCUCAUCGAGUAAACAAACAUCAACUAGAAGUGCUCCGAAACCUCAAAGACAGGAGUCAUCUACAUCCAAUCGAAAAAAUUCAGACUCCAGUGCAAAAAGUUCAAUUAAAAGAGGACUUCCUUCUACGGCUAGUGUUAGGUCUGGUCUGGAGGCCGGGCAGACGACACGAAAUGGAAAGGACUACUACGACGAGGCCCGGAGGGCGGUGGAAAAUCAGAACAGGGAGACUUUUGAUACACCUGUUUUGGAAAGUAAACCAUCAAAUUAUCUUUGGUUGGCGCUUUUUACAACUAUUUUCUUUAAUCCGUUGACAGGAAUUGUUGCAAUGGUGAUGGCAAUCCAAGCGGACAAUGAAUACAUCAAAGGGAAUUCCGCCAAGUGUAAGAGACUGGGUAAAAUUGUCCGUGUGAUAUCGAUUGUAUCGAUAGCAUUGACGAUAAUCAUCAUCGCUGUCGUCAGCAUCGUCUUCAACAUCUAGUUGUCGUCUGCUCCCCCUUCCGCGUGUUGCAUUCUACCUCAGGGAUCGACUUUCACCUUCACUAUUACAGUGAAACUCCUUUUUUUAUAAUUAACUGUGAAUUCUAAUUCUAAUUUCAAAAUGAGAGUCUUCCAUAUUUGUGUUAGUACCAGAAGAUUUCAACUGCAUGUCUAAAGACUAUGGUAAUCCAUAUUCGUUGCUUUUAUUCAUACCUGGAAAUGAUAUGGGUAAAUAAAGUGCAUGGUUAAUAAUAAAAAAAAAAAACGAUC